UCCGAACCACCUAACCUCUUUUAUUUCGACGAUCUUGUAUCAGUAUAUGUAUAAACGCUUCUUUCUUGAUUGCAUUAAAGUUACAAGUACUGUGCGUUUAACAGAGCAAUAUCCAUUAAAAAGUCCCGUUACAACUAAUAUGUGUACGGUGUAUCGCUACAGUCCUCACGAUAAAAAAAUAGACCGUAAUUGGGGUUAGUUGACCAAGCCUAGCGUACCUAACCACAAAAAACGACUCGAACGCUCCGUGGGCGUCCGCCUACAGCGAGGAAUAAAUUACUCGCUUGAGGUCUGCCAAUCUCGCGAUCGGGCGAAAUCACGUCGGGUCGACUCGAAUGACCCGCACGUAGACUCGGUGUCGGGAAUCAUCGUCUCGAUAUAACGUAAAAUACUCCGAACCGUCAAAUGCUCGCCGGAGCCGGGAUGUAGACGCGCGUAGUUCGCCGAUGAUAUAGGAUGAGACCGCACCGUGCACCGUAACAAUGCGCCUCAGGUUUAUCAGGGCGGUCCUGGUGCUCGCGCUCUUAGGUAACAUCAUCGUCUGGCACAGGAUAUGGCGGCUAUUUGCGGCUCAGGAUACCCUGGGGUUGCUGACGCCGAGCGUUGCGACGGGCGAGCCGCCGCAGAAGCUUCACCGGCGCCUAGCCCGCCUGGUCACCAUCGUCAUCAGGCAGUUCGAGAAUUUCGAGAACGAUGUGGCGUCCAUGGUGGAGUCCAUCCUGAAUUCCUUCCCCGAGAUGCCCGUCCUGAUAGUCUGCGAUGAGCUGCCGUAUCCACCGUUGGAGCUGGACUUCACCAACGAGAGUAUGAAGAAUGUCAAAUUGAUCAGCUUACGGCCCGAGUUUAACAGGUCCUUCGAGGAGAGGAAUCCACUGUUCUACAUACGCACCAAGUUUGUUCUGUUCUUGCCUGAUGCAACGAGGUUGUCGACUAAGCAAGUUGUGCAGGAAGCUGUCUCACAGGCGUCAAAUUUGGGGAUAGUUAUUGUACCAGUGGGCAAGACCUCCUUGCAUUGUCUCGAACUAGAUUUAAGGGUGAAGGAAUGGAGUUUGAGGAUAACACGAGUUACGGGAACGGAAUGUGACAGUGUAAUAGGCAAACAUGUAACAAUGCUCGAAGCGAGGAUUCUAAGGAAACUAUCGGAUCCAUUCCUGCAACCAUUCACGGACGCAUUAUACAUUCAAACGACAGCUAUCGGCGCGAAGAUACAUAUAUUGAAGAAUCAGUUCAACGAAGGGAAACCAUUGUAUAGAAACCAACAGACUCAGUUCAGGGUGCAGCAGUUGUAUCGCACGCGUGAGCGAUCGAUGUUUGAGAAAUUGCGAAUAAAAAAAGUCACGAGAGCCACCGGCUCCGCGGAGUGGUACGGCUGUUCGCGAGAGACAGCCAGGUGCUUCGGCUCAGUGAUAAACGGCGUGCCGUCGUACCUCUACCUGCAUCGAUACACGCCGCCUUGUUGCCUGGCCGGACUGAGGAAGGUGGCUCUUCACGUUAUCGACCAGCUGGAAGAAGUUGGCAUACGAUUCUGGCUGGAGGGCCAGUCACUGCUGGGAGCGAUGAGGCACGGCGACAUUCUGCCGUGGGAUCACGAAGUACAAAUUGGAUUGAACCGAGACGACCUGGCGAGGUCGCUGUGGCUGGUCAGAGCCGGGAGCAAACCGGUCGUUGACGACGACGGCUUCAUCUGGGAAAAGGCGACCGAGGGCGAGUUCUUCAAGGUACAAUAUUCCAGGGUGAAUCGCUUGCACGUGAACCUGCUGCCAUUCUACGCACGGAACGGCACCAUGACGAAGGACGCGUGGUUUCUGAAGAACCGGGACUUCCCGGAGCACUUCCUGCACCCGAUGUCGAGCAUCGAAUUCGCCGGUAGACAAGUGCCAAGUCCGAAUAAUAUUAGGGACUUCCUAGAGCUUAAGUAUUACAAGGGUGUGAUAGAGAAUCCAGAAUUACCUGGCAAAUUUAUCUUUGACUAGUCCAUUCCCAGGCUGUUUUCGAAAACUGUUCUACGACGAUUUAUCGUUUGAUGUCUUGCACGCAGGGAACGGCACUCCAAGGACUGAAUCGUAUUCAUUGCUAGCGGAUUGACGAGUAUGACGAAACACUGUGCAUGUGUAUAUUUAACGAGACUAGGAAUUAUCUAUGCAUGAAGACGUUAACAUAAAAAUUACAAUUUGACAUUUUCAACACUUGUUAUCUUAGGCGGUGAUUGGUCGACAUUUCUAUCUGCCUUAUUGGGGCUCUAUCUCAGUAUAAGAAAUACUGACAAAUAAUUGUUGCCAAAAAAAUGUUACCUUUAUAUCUCUGGAUAAUUCUGUGUAGAAUAGUAAAAUUUGCAAACUUCUUGCAUGAAUUGACCUGUUGACGAUGUGCCAAAUAAACUUAGUACUUUGAAUUCGACUGUGGGAAUAUAAAUACAUUUUUCAAGGUGUAUACGUGUGUACACUUUUAUUGUAACUUUAUAUUAGCUUUACUACAUAUACAGUGUUCAUUUGCAGGUGUUAUAAUCUGUACAUUAGAAAUUUAAAUAUUUAACAUUAAUGAUACUUGAACAGAUCUAAUGUAACAUUUAAAAAAAUAUUUUAUUUGUGAUAGAAGCAUUUAAUAAUGUAUUUUAUUAUUAUAUCUCGAACGAUUAUAUAAAAUGUCAGAAGAUUAAUAUUUCCUGAAUAUUUAUAUAGUAGAAAUUUUUCCAUUGUUCAAGUUUCGCUCAAUCAAAAGUCGUAAUCUUAAGGGAACAAGACAAACUUCCAUAAAUAGAUAUUUUCUUUUAUUUCUCUGCAUUUUAGAAAAAACUAUAUAAUAUAUUAUAUUUCGUACAUGGAUUGGAAAUAGUUUAGGUCGAAUAAUUUUGUUUAUUGCAUAUUCAACAGUGAACUUGAGGUGAUUUAUUAUAAAGAUUUUUGCAGGCAAUAAGCCCAGGCAUACAUACUACUUCGUAGAACUGUUUGAGCUCUCUAUUAAUUAGUGCCAAUUUAUUUGUAAAAAUAUAGAUAUGUAUAUGUAUCCGCGUCUGUUAUAGCAGAUACUAAUAAAGCACUGUUUUACAAAA